AUGGCGGCGAGCGCGAGGGGGAGCGUGUGGGAGAUCCAGCCGCGCGACGUGGAGGCCGCGGGGCUCGCCGCAGCCGACGCGGCCGCGUUCCUCGCCGCGCUCCGCUCCGCCGCGGCCGCCGCGGGCUCGGGAGCCACGCGGGACGCCGUGUGGGCGGCGGUGGCCGCGGCGGGGGUGCUGCGGCCGGAGCACCCGCACGCGCUCCACCAGCUCGUCUACUACUCCGCCUACGCCGGGUGGGACCGCGACGCCCGGGGCCCGCCGCCGUACUGGUUCCCGUCGCCAAUUGACUGUAAGCAAACAAACCUGGGGAGAUUGAUGGAAGCAAAUGGACCAAAGCUGUUAGGAUCGUCAUAUAAGGACCCUAUAUCAAGUCUUAGCCACUUUUACAGGUUUUCCGUAGAGAACCAAGAGGCCUACUGGUCAAUGGUGCUAAAGCAACUCGCAGUCAAUUUUAAACAAGAACCAAGGUCAAUUCUAAGUACAUCAGAUAGAUCAAAGAAAGGGGGGACAUGGCUUCAAGGUGCAGUGCUCAACAUUGCUGAAUGUUGUCUGCUGCCUUGUCCUUCCCUGAAGAGGACAGAUGACAGUACAGCUAUCAUCUGGAGGGAUGAAGGCCUUGAUGAUUAUCCAGUGAACCAUAUGUCACUGAAGGAGCUUCGCACUCAAGUGAUAACUGUUGCACAUGCCUUAGAUGCCAUGUUUGAGAAGGGCGACCGGAUUGCAAUAGACAUGCCUAUGACAUGCAAUGCAGUCAUCAUAUAUUUGGCAAUCAUCCUUGGUGGCUUUGUUGUUGUAUCUAUAGCAGAUAGUUUUGCGCCUCAGGAGAUUGGUAGUCGUAUGGGUGUCUCAAAAGCAAAAGCAAUUUUUACCCAGGAUUUCAUUGUUAGAGGAGGGAAGAAAGUUCCACUUUACAGCCGUGUCGUACAAGGGACUUCAUCUAAAGCUGUUGUGAUUCCUGCGAUUGGAGACUCUCUUGGAAUUAUGCUAAGGAAUGGUGAUAUGUCCUGGAAAGAUUUUCUUUCUCGUGCUGCUGGAAGGUCAUCUUCUUAUUCUCCAGUUUAUCAAUCUCUGGAUGCACUAACUAAUAUACUAUUUUCUUCAGGAACAACUGGGGAGCCAAAAGCAAUACCGUGGACACAACUUUCUCCCAUAAGAUGUGCAUCUGAUACCUGGGCGCAUUUGGAUGUUCGUCCAUGUGACAUAGGUUGCUGGCCGACUAAUCUGGGCUGGGUUAUGGGACCAAUAAUCAUAUACUCAUGCUUUCUAACUGGGGCAACUUUGGCUUUAUAUCAUGGAUCUCCACUUGGACGCGAUUUCUGCAAAUUUGUACAGGAUGCUGGUGUGACUGUAUUAGGAAGUGUGCCUAGCUUGGUGAAGUCAUGGAAAGCUGGGAACUGUGCUGAAGGUCUUGACUGGACCAAAAUCAGAGUACUGGGCACAACAGGGGAGGCCUCUGAUAUUGAUGACAAUCUGUGGCUAACUUCGCGUGCCUCAUACAAGCCCAUUGUUGAGUGCUGUGGGGGCACAGAGUUGGCAUCCUCAUACAUUCAAGGGAGUCUUUUGCGACCACAGGUCUUUGGAGCUUUUAGUGGCGCAUCAAUGUCCACUGGGUUUGUCAUACUUGAUGAACAGGGAACUCCGUAUCCUGAUGAUGUACCUUGCACUGGAGAAGUGGGUCUCUUCCCUUUGUAUUUUGGUGCUAGUGAUCGGCUUCUCAAUGCUGAUCAUGACAAGGUUUACUUUGAUGGAAUGCCCAUUUAUAAAGGAAGGCAACUCAGACGACAUGGAGAUGUAAUCCAGAGGACAGUAGGUGGGUACUAUAUUGUACAGGGAAGGGCGGAUGACACCAUGAACCUUGGAGGAAUUAAGACCAGUUCAGUUGAGAUAGAACGGGUAUGCAACAGAGCUGACGAGUGUCUGCUAGAAACAGCAACAGUUAGCAUCAAACCUUCUGGUGGGGGGCCAGAACAUCUAGCUAUCUUAGCAGUGCUAAAAGAUAGAUCGGCCCAGUAUGACGUGAAUCUUCUCAAGAGGAAGUUUCAGACAGCCAUUCAGAAGAACCUCAAUCCUCUCUUCAAGGUGAGCUAUGUCAAAGUCGUUCCUGAGUUCCCAAGAACAGCUUCGAACAAGCUGCUGAGAAGGGUUCUGAGGGAUCAACUAGCGCAGGAACUCUCAAAUCGCAGCAAGCUAUGA